AUGACGACUGGUUAUCCCAGGUUCUUCAUCCAUAGGAGUAUCGUUGCCCUGGCCGAUGACUUAGUGUCCCAAUACGCUCGUUCUGGCCAGCAAGCCAUGCUCUUCCCCACUCCUCGCUCCGCGAGACGAUGUUUGGCAUUCGUGAAGAAGCACGCAGAAGCCUCGAUUACCGCUGACGUAUGUGUGCUUGACUUUGGGCUAGAUACGUCCAAAGAUGUCUCGCUGCUGCUGCGCUCGCUGGCACCGACUGUUUCCGCCAUCGUGUAUGGCCCAGAGGUGUUCCCUGUUGCCAAGCAGUACUGGCAGCACACCGGAGACGGAGUGUCGAGUCGACGCGCCGAGUUCUGUCACGGGUUGUUAAAGGAGGGCCUACUCGUCCCUGCCGAGCCGCCCCAGUCUCCUGUGGGAAAGGCGUGCAGGGGUCCCAAGCGAUAUCAUCGUCCAUCUUCUAUCGAUGACACCAAGGCGGCCAGCCACCACCUUGCGACCAAGGCAACCUCCCAGAGUGCAUCCGAGACCCAGGAGAGUCUACGCUUCCUCGAGGAACGCUUCGGCAGAAACUUGGAUCUCUCUCUUGUCGAGCGUGCCAGGUCAGCCAUCAAGCGAAGGAUCGCAGGUGCGAUGGCCGUCGACAUGGAAUCGAGCAUCAGCUCACUGCCCCCCAUGGGCGACAACUCAAGAAAUCAGAAGGACUUGCAGGAGAGCGAUGUCUACCUAUUUCCUUGCGGUAUGAAUGCCAUCUACAACGCGCAUAGGGCCAUGUUGCGCGCUAGGGGUGACAUGAAGUCGGUCAGCUUCGGCUUCCCCUAUGUCGACACGCUCAAGAUUCUGCAAAAGUUCGGGCCCGGCUGUGUGUUUUAUGGCCACGCGUCGGAGGCGGAUCUAGACGAUCUGGAAAAGCGGUUGGAGGCUGGUGAGCGCUUCUUGGCUCUCCUCUGCGAGUUUCCCGGCAACCCUCUCCUGACUUGCCCGAACCUGGCGCGCAUCCGCAGCCUGGCGGACAAAUACGGGUUUGGCGUCGUCAUCGACGAGACGAUCGGCAGCUUCAUCAACAUCGACGUGCUGCAGUACGCCGACAUUGUCGUCAGCAGUCUGACCAAGAUAUUCUCGGGAGACUGCAAUGUCAUGGGCGGCAGUGCCAUCCUCAAUCCCAGCGGCAGAUAUUAUCAGUCACUCAAGAACGCGUGGGCCGAGGACCUCGAAGACACGUACUGGCCUGAGGAUAUCGUCUUCAUGGAGCGCAACAGUCGUGACUUUGCGUCGCGUAUCGAGCGCAUCAACACGAAUUCCGAGAGCAUCUGUGACAUUCUCUCGGCACACCCGUUAGUCAAGCGUGUCUUCUACCCCAAGGUUAACCCUACGCGGCCCAACUACGAACUCUGCAAGCUGCCCGGCGGUGGGUACGGCGGCCUUCUCUCCGUUACAUUCCAUAAAAAGGCCCAGGCCAUCGCCUUUUUCGAUGCUAUCGAGACGGCCAAGGGCCCGAGCCUUGGCACCAACUUUACUCUGACGUCGCCCUACGUUCUCUUGGCUCACUACCAAGAACUCGACUGGGCUGCCAGCCUGGGCGUUGACCCGGACCUGAUCCGUGUGAGUGUUGGUCUCGAGGAGACGGACGAGUUACGGGAAAUCUUCACACAGGCCCUGGAGGCGGCGGAGAAGCAGACAAGUAUUUGA